AAUGCACUCGGAUGCCGCCACUGUCAAUUUUCAACUGAAUUCUCACCUAUCAACACUGGCAAAUAUUCACAAGAUUUACCACACCCUCAAUAGGCUGAAUCUGACAGAGGACGUUGGUCAAGACGAUCACCAGACAGGAGAGAGACUUUCAAGGGUACCAAGAAUAGGAAGUCUCCGGUCUUGCAGUUCAUCAGACUGCUUUAGUAAAGUGAUGCCACCAAGGAAAAAGAGGAGACCUGCAGCAGGAGAUGAUUUAUCUGCUAAGAAAAGUAGACAUGAUGGUAUGUAUAGAAAAUAUGAUUCGACUAGAAUAAAAGCAGAGGAAGAAGUCUUUUCAAGUAAGAGGUGCUUAGAAUGGUUCUAUGAAUAUGCAGGCACUGACGACAUUGUAGGGCCAGAAGGCAUGGAGAAAUUUUGUGAAGACAUUGGAGUUGAACCUGAAAAUGUAGUUAUGCUUGUACUAGCAUGGAAGUUGGAUGCACAGAACAUGGGCUACUUCACAUUACAAGAAUGGUUGAAAGGAAUGACAUCACUACAAUGUGAUACUACAGAAAAAUUGAGAAAUUCUCUGGAUUACUUGAGAUCUUUAUUAAAUGAGCCUACCAAUUUUAAACUUAUUUAUAGAUAUGCAUUUGACUUUGCACGGGAAAAGGAUCAGCGCAGCUUAGAUAUCAAUACUGCCAAGUGCAUGUUGGGCCUUCUUUUAGGAAAAACAUGGUCCCUUUUUCCAGUAUUUCAUCAGUUUUUAGAGCAAUCCAAAUACAAAGUUAUCAACAAGGACCAAUGGUGUAAUGUUCUUGAAUUCAGCAGAACAAUUAACCUCGACCUCAGCAACUAUGAUGAAGAUGGAGCCUGGCCAGUGUUGUUGGAUGAGUUUGUGGAAUGGUAUAAAGGCAAGCAGAUGACAUAGGAGUUUAAACUAUGCACAGCCACUCAAGAGUCACUGUUACCACAGUUUAAUGUCAACCAUUAGCCAUAAACUGCUCCUUGUAUCAAAGUGCAUGCUGCUUUUUCUUGCACUGCCUCCCUCCUGCAGGGAACUUUUGGUGUUUGCUAUUUAACAAGCUAGCUAUGCCUUGCUGUGUAGCAUUGUUCUCUUUGAAAGGCUGCUUUGCAUUUUGUAUUUACACUACCAAUGGG